AUGUAUGCAUGUAUGAAUGGAGGGAGAUUCAAGAUACCAACUCAUAUCAUAAUUUCGAAGCGGUCGGUUUUGGGAUGCAGUAGUCCUCUAAUUGAUCUCACUAGCUCAAAUGGUCCUCAAGUUUCUGGAAUCUCACGGUUGGCUAGUGUCUCUCAGGUUUAUCCUAAUGGAAGUUGGAUAUUGCUGCUAAGAAGAAGUCCACUAGUCAUUUUGUUGUUCCGAGCCUGCUUACCUAUUCAACCGUCAGACACCGAUUCUUCCCAAUCUGAUCAGUGUCUUUGAUACUCCGCUAGGUU